AUGCCACAAAACGAACAUAUUGAACUCCAUCGUAAACGACAUGGUCGUCGAUUCGAUCAUUAUGAAAAACAAAAAAAGAAAGAAGGACGUUUGCCACAUAUAUUAUCUAAAAAAGCUCAAACAUUACGUGGCAUAAAAGCUAAAUUAUAUAAUAAACGUCGUCAAAAUGAAAAAAUUCAAAUGAAAAAAACUAUCAAAAGUCAUGAAGAAAAAGAAACAAAACAACGACAAGAAGUACCACAAGGUGCUUUACCAGCUUAUUUACUCGAUCGUGAAAAACAAAGUCGAGCAAAAGUUUUAUCACAUACUAUUAAACAAAAACGAAAAGAAAAAGCGGGAAAAUGGGAUGUACCAAUACCAAAAGUAAAAGCAGUUAGUGAAGCCGAAGUUUUUCGAGUUGUUCAAUCAGGAAAACGACGAAAGAAAGCAUGGAAACGACUUGUAACAAAACCUUGUUUUGUUGGAGAAGGAUUUACACGAAAACCACCAAAAUUUGAACGAUUUAUUCGACCAAUGGCAUUACGAUUCACUAAAGCACAUGUAACACAUCCAGAAUUAAAAGCAACUUUUCAAUUACCUAUUAUCGGUGUUAAGAAAAAUCCAAGUUCACCACUUUAUACAUCUCUAGGUGUAAUUACUAAAGGAACAGUUCUUGAAGUAAAUGUUAGUGAACUUGGAAUGGUUACACAAGGUGGUAAAGUUGUUUGGGGAAAAUAUGCACAAGUAACAAAUCAUCCAGAAAAUGAUGGAUGUAUUAAUGCUGUACUUCUUGUUUAA